AUGUCGGAACUAGAACAGGGGGACAGUCUGGCCAGGCCCUAUACAGUAGGGACCUUUCAGACCCGACUCAACGAGUUCCAACAUUUCAUUAAAGAAAUCACGUUCCAGGAUGUAGAGGCAACACCUGAAGAAAGGCGACAGAUGAUUACAGAGAGCCUCCGUUUCGAUCAGUUUUGUGAUGCAAUCCGUUCCCUGUUCGGCACUGAUGUAAAGAAUGCGGACUUAAAGGCUAUUUACCGUAAGAUUUCCACUAAUCCGGACGCAAAGGUCGACUGGAGCGAGCUGUUCGGAUACUUCCAAUCGAGUGCGGAAGAGAGUGAGGAAAUCGUACUUGGGGAAGAAGUUAGUGUAUUCACCGUCUCAAAACGUCGACGGGUCGGCGAAGCGGCCGGUGACAAGACACGAAGGGACACAGUGCAAUGCAUACGAUAUAUACCCUCACUCGAUAGUUAUAUCUCAUCUUCACAGAAAGGCGCUAUAGCAGUAUGGAGUAGUAAGUUACGACUAGUUAGCUGUAUCGAUAUUAACGAGCCCGCAUGGGUGACAGGGUGUGACUAUCUCCCAGGUAUACGGCGAACCGUUACAUGUACGGAACGGAGCAUCGUUAUUUGGGACAGUAGGUCAAAGGGCAAAAAUCAGCAAAUAUACUCAAUAAAACCCUUUGAAAAUUCUCCUCAAUGCAUUACUCACGUGACCAGUACGUCUCCUGCGCACGAGGACCUAGUCCUGUUCGGCGACGAUCAGGGUUAUAUAAACGCUAUGAGGCUGGUGGCCAAGGACCUCAACACCAAGAGUACCAAAAACGACAAGCGUGGCAACAUCAAUCUUCCACAGAACUACCCAAUCGACCCUGAUAAACUCACAUAUCCUAUAGUAAAAAGAAAGCUACAUCACGACUGGGUACUGAGCGUCAAGUACUUUCCGGAACUUCGAUGUUUCGGUUCCUGCUCACCUCAUAGUCGACAGUCGUUUGUGUUGGAGGAGGUAGAGCGGCUGUAUGAUGAUCAGGAAAUCAGGGGCGUAAACAUACCAAAGGGAGUUAACUGCUUCUCGUAUUGUGCCAAAGCUAAUAUCAUUGCAACUGGUGGAGUAGACAAAGUCAUCAGGGUGUGGCAUCCUCACAUCUUCUCACGUCCAACAGGGAAACUGAUGGGUCAUUUAUUUACGAUAGUAGACAUCUGUUGUAAUGAGCGAGAUCAACACUUGAUCAGUCUAUCGACGGCGAGGGUGUUCCGAGUGUGGGACAUUCACACUUUAACAUGUUUACAGGUAUUUACAGAUAAUGAAGAACGACCAGGCGAGAAACGAAUAUAUUCAAUGAUAUUUGACAGUAAACAUGAACGACUAAUAACAGGGUCAAGCGUAAUAGACUCAUGGCCUUUGACCCGGGCGGUACAAGAUACGAUGCAGGUUCCGCAUUCGCAUGACCGACCAAUCAGCCAGAUCGUGAUCAACCUCGACCUCAACCAGGUCAUCACCGUGUGCUCUGAAUCCGUCAUCAAGGUAUGGGAAAUGGAAACAGGUAAGCGGGUGUACAUGAUAGCUGAUGCACACGGUCCCAAUGUGGAAGUGACGGCAUUAUGUCUGGAUAAGUCUGGAUACAGGUUGGCAACGGGAGCUUUUGAUGGUUCUGUGAAGGUGUGGGACUUUGGAUCUGGACAGGAGAUUAAAUGUCGGACAGGUCGGGGCUCAGACGAGGACUACAGCAUUACGGGGAUGCUGUAUACUCACCUGACAGGGGACAGGGUCAUUCUGGCGGCCGGCUGGAACAACAAAAUAAGGCUUAUACUGGAUACAAACGAGAAUUACGAUCUUCCAAUUGUUCGGGAGUUUUCGGAUGUAUACUAUUGGACACAAGAGGUGAAGCUAACCCCUUCCAAUUCCUCAGCUGACCCCUUCAAGGCAGAUCCACUACCAGAUAUCGGUCAGCCGUCACAUACGUCACUGGGUUCCAAACGUCAUUCAACGUUGUCAGACAAUAACGCUCAAAUCACAAAUGUGUUCAAAAAAGAUUAUAUUCUGAUGUCACACGAAGUUACAUGUAUAGAUAGUCUUCAGCCAAACAUCUUAUUGACAGGAUGUUCCAACGGUAACAUUGUCCUGUGGGAUAUAGAGAGAUCCAUGAUCGAAAAGAUAUUUGAACUUCCCGGUCCUGAUGGGUCAGCGCCAAGUCCUUCACGCCAGAAGCAGAAACAGAACCAAGAAAAAAGGGUCAACAUGAUUAAAGUGCUCAUUCACAAAGAAAAGAAACUAGACCCAGCAUACCUGAAGCGUGUUGUGGAGGAUAAUGAUGAGAAAAUGGAGACAGCUUCUGUCAUGUCCAGAUCUCGAAUGAGUAAAAAAGUAUCUCGAUCAAACUCACGCUUAUCUCGAACCUCAAAUAUUCAUCAACAGGCUGAUAUUAAGGUAGAUGAGAAAGAACAAAAGGAGUUGAUGGACAAACUUACGGCGAAAAUUGAAGGCGUAGAGGACAACACAGGAGAUACAACAGACGCAAAGAAAGAAGAAACAGUAGAAGAGGAAAAGAAAGACCCAGAAAAAGAGGAAGGUGAGGAAGACGAAAAUCAGAAAGAAGAGGAAAAGGAUGAAGAUAAUGACGAGGAAGAAGACGAUGACAUUGAAAGUCGGUAUAUAACGGAAGUGUAUGAUCCUAUCAUCGUCAGUGUCCAUCAAGACUCCUAUAUUCGGUUCUGGACAAUGUCUGGACAGUUGGUGAGGGAGGUGUCGGCCAUCACUCGAAGACAAGGGACGCCAGUGACAGCAGUCUGCCAUGACGAAAACUGUAACAUACUCAUUACGGGGGACCAGAAGGGUUAUCUAACAUUGUGGGAUGUGGCCAAGUUUCUGAAGAACCCUACAUCUACUGACCAGUCUGUUUUAAAACAAGUGAUAUACUGGCGAGCUCAUUUGAUGAAAGUUGUCUCCCUUGCAUAUAUUAACUCACUGAAGGCGAUAUUUUCGGGAUCGAUGGAUGGAUCUGUGAGAGUAUGGUGGGGUUCCAAAGGGAGGUUCGUUGGUUUCUUCAGUCAGCACAGAGCCUUUGUGUGGCCAGAAUCUGAGGAAAAGGCAGGCCCUGCCGUGUUACCGUACGAUAUUACUGAGUCUCCCCUGGCCCCGGUAAAGAACAAAGGUGCUAAGCAGACCGUCAGGACGGUCGAAAUGUAUGAGUAUCCACUUAUAUUUGACAAUGAUAGGUGGGAACCAUUCCGUCGGUCAGCAUACAUGAGACAGAAAGAAAAUACCAUUCCUCAGACUAAGAAGAACAAUUUAGUAGAGGACAAAAAGUUCUUUACCGCUCUGAUGAAGCCAAAGGGCAGCUUAGACCGAAAGCUGGGGAUCAGGAACUCGAAUGAGAUAGAAGGGGCCUACAACCAUCACCUGGAAAGCUUCACUCCCGGGGAUAGAAACCAAGGAGCAAUAUAUCGGGCACUGCCAGUCUAUAGGAUCCGAACACCAAAACGAAUGAAAACUCCCGAGGCCAGUUAUCAUGUUCCGACAGAUAACGAGUCAAAUUUUCUCUUCGGAACAAAUAAAAAAACCCAGUCUGAACAGCCCCUGCCACAGAUUAAGAUGACUCGGCGUGAAUCCAAGGCCCGAAGGAUGAGCUCCUUCAAGAUGUCGGCUAGUACAUCAUCCACUAGCGGCCGGCGAACAGACAGAGUCCCGCGAAUGACGUCUGUCUAUAACUCUCUACAGUCCAACAACUCCUUGUAUGACGUUCGUAAAUCGCCUAAAAAGUCUUGA